AUGAUUAUCUAUGUUUAUUUUUUAGUUUGUAUAUUCCAAUAUUUUUACAGUAUAAACUUUGAAAUUGGAAAAAAUAACCUAAAAACAGAAUUAUGUCUUAGAUGUGGAAGAAUUCUAGCAGAACAACAACGAGGAACAAGUAGUAGAAGAGUAAGAUCAACCAAUUCACAUGAAAAAUUUUUGGAUAUUUGGUUAAAGUAUAUUGAAGAAGAUUUUUUUGAUAAUCUAAAUAAAUUAACUGAAAGUUUUACACCUAACAAUACCCAGAAUUUUUUAGAAUGGAUGUAUCAAAAAGGUAGAAAUAUUACAAAUGUAUUAAAUUUAUCAUCAGAUCCUGAGGUAAAGAGUUUUUUUAAUAAAACCCUGACUUCAUGGAGAGGCUUUACAGAUAAAGUUCUAUUAGAUAAGGCAUUAGAUACAUUUAUCCAAGAAAGAAUGUUAAAUGCUGCAAAUGUAACAACAAAUCUUAAUGGUUCAUCAUCUACAUCUGCAUCAUCACAUAAUUCACCAUCUACCUCCAUUUCAUUACCCACACCAACUGAAUCAUCUAACAUAACUACAUUGCCCAUAUCUACUUUAUCACCUGAAUCAACUGUAUCACCUACAACUGCUUUGUCAUCCGACUCUGAUUUAUCAUCAUCAACCAGUUUUUUACCUACAAUUUCAUCAGAUUCUCAUAAUAAUUCUACGACUCCUAUAAAAAAUACAAGUGAUUCUCCUACUAUUCUUUCUACAAAUGAAAUAAAUACUGCUACUGUUUUAACGAAUAAUCCAACUGCAUUAAUCCCUACACAACAUGGUGGUGGCUUAACUGGUGCAACAUGUACAGGAUUAUUAUGUGGACCAGCUUUUGUUGCUCUUCCUGUUUCUGUUGCUCUUCUCGGGGGAGUUUUUUUUUUUGUUCUUCUUUAUAUGUAUACUCCUGUUGGAAAAUUUCUUGGAAGAGAUAAUCCAAAAAAAAAAAAAGCAAAGAAAAGAUUAAAUGAAAUACCUAUGGAAUGUAUAAAUUCUCCUAAAUUAUUAAAAGUAAAAAGAACAGAAAAUGCAAAGAGAAGUAGAUUACAUAGAUUUCUUCGUGCAUUCGGUUACGACAAGAAUUUUCCCUAUAUAGAUGAAGAUAUACCCUCAGAUCAAGCUUCAUUAACCUUUUUGGCUAUAAAAGGACUAGCUAUGUGGAGAAUACAUAGUUGUGCUAACUAA